AACUCAAUUACGUACGUACGCACGCCGUGUUGUCACAAUCUGCUGCGGGUUUCUAACGUCGCUGUCAUCUCUGUCGUACACAGUUUAAACCAAGUUUACCAUGAAAGCUGUUUGCGUCCUCAAAGGAGACGUGACUGGCACAGUUUUCUUUGAGCAGCAGAGUGAGGAUGCUCCCGUAGUGGUUAAAGGGAAGAUCACUGGCCUAGUGCCUGGUUUACAUGGCUUUCAUGUCCAUGCCUUUGGAGACAACACAAAUGGGUGCAUCAGUGCAGGACCUCACUUCAACCCCCACAACAAGACCCAUGGUGGGCCACUUGAUGAAAUCAGGCAUGUUGGAGAUCUGGGUAAUGUGCUCGCCGGGCCUGAUGGAACCGCUGAAAUUGAAAUUAAGGACAAUCUCGUGUCACUGCUUGGGCCUCACUCAAUCAUUGGGAGAACUAUGGUGAUUCACGAGAAAGAGGAUGACUUGGGCAAAGGUGGAAAUGAAGAAAGUCUUAAAACAGGCAAUGCUGGAAGUCGUCUGGCUUGUGGAGUGAUAGGCAUCACUCAGUGAAGCAAACCAGGGUCACUGCUUCUGUUCUAACAAUGAAACCACUCAGCUAUCUGUGGCCAAGACAAAUGCCCCAACUAAGCCCUUACGCCAACCAAGGCGAAAUUUGUUUUCUCAAAAAAAUCUUACAAUUUCAGUGAUUUACCAAACCACCCUGUUCUGUAUGUUUAAUUUUAAAAUUAAAAAAAGUGGUGUUCCUUUUCA